AUGCAAAAAGUCGAUUGUCUUAUUGUUGGCGGUGGCAUUGUUGGUGUAGCUGUUGCUCGAAAUCUUCAAUUAACAUUUUCACAUUUAAAAUGUUUGUUAGUUGAAAAAGAAAAUAUUUUAGCUAAACAUCAAACGGGUCAUAAUUCUGGUGUCAUACAUGCUGGUGUUUAUUAUAAACCUGGUUCAUUAAAAGCUAAACUUUGUAUUGAUGGUUUAAAAAGAAUUUAUGAAUAUUGUGAUGAAAAUCAUCUACCAUAUAGGAAAUGUGGAAAAAUAAUUGUUGCAGUUGAACGUGAUCAAUUAGCACGUCUUGAUGAUUUAUUUCAACGAGCUACACAAAAUGGUGUUCAAGAUCUGAAAAUGCUUGAUUCAAAUCAAAUUCGAGAAGUUGAACCUAAUUGUCGAGGUAUUCGAGCAAUACAUAGUCCACAUACAGGUAUUAUUGAUUAUGGUUUAAUAUGUCGACAUUUUGGUAAAAGUUUUGAACAAAUGGGUGGACGUAUUGCUCUUAAUUUUGAAGCAGAAAAAUUUUUACCAUCUGGAGAUGCUUCCUAUCCAAUUCUUGUUCAAAGUACUACGAAUUCGACUUUCUUAAGUCGUUAUGUAAUAACUUGUGGUGGAUUACAAGCUGAUCAACUUGCUACACUUUGUGGAGGUUCAAAAAAUCCAACAAUUGUACCAUUUCGUGGAGAUUAUCUUAAAUUAAAACAUGGUACAGAUAAAUUGAAAAUCAAUGGAAAUAUUUAUCCAGUUCCUGAUCCAAGAUUUCCAUUUCUUGGCGUUCAUUUUACUCCAAGAAUGGAUGGAUCGGUUUGGCUUGGUCCUAAUGCUGUUCUUUCGAUGAAACGUGAAGGAUAUGGUUUAUUCGAUUUCAGUAUUCGAGAUACAAUUGACCUGGCAUUUAAUAGCGGCCUUCGUAAACUUGCUUGGAAACAUCUUGGCUAUGGUCUUGGUGAAAUGCGUCGUGCUUAUUCUCUAUCAGCUACUGUUAGAGAAUUGCAAAAAUUUGUACCAGCAUUAGCUACUGACGAUGUUGAACGUGGUCCAAGUGGUGUUCGAGCACAAGCAUUAUCAGCAGAUGGAAAUCUUGUUGAAGAUUUUGUUUUUGAAACAGUUGAUACAGGCGAUCUUAAAAAUCGAAUUUUACAUGUACGAAAUGCUCCAAGUCCUGCAGCAACAUCAUCAUUACCAAUUGCUGAUAUGGUUGUAGCAAAAGCAAAAGAAUGCUUCAAUCUUUAA